AUGACUGGCGACGACAAUAACAGUAGCGCCAACGGCGGCAGCGGCGCCAGCGGCGGCGGCGCAAGCGGUGGUAUGUUUCAGCUGGUCGAGUCGACUAUUCCGGAGCAGAAGGUCUUCAAUAGCCUGCCCUUCCCGCUCGUCCUCACGCCGCACGUACUCCGGAAUCCCGCGAACUCGUCCGCUCCCUCCCCAUAUUCCGCGCCCUCCGCACCUUCCGCGCCCUCCGCGCCUUCCGCCGUACCUUCCGCAUCCCUUUCCGCCAAUGCCCCCGACGCAAGCGCUCCCGCUUCCCCCUCGUCUUCUCCUCAGGCCGUUCCCCUCGCCACGUCAGCAUCCUCCACGUCCGACGUGGCUACUCCCCGCGUCAGCGACGCAGUCGCGUGGAUCCGCGCGAACCGCGAAUGGCUGUUGGACACGUGGCAGCUGCACGGCGCGGUGCUGCUGCGCGGCUUGCCUCUCGAGUCGCCGUGUGAUUUUAACGAGGUCGUGGAGGCCUUCGGAUUGGACGAGCUGCCUUACGUGGGCGGCGCGGCUCCAAGAACGAAGGUGAUUGGUCGACUCCGUCCCUUCUCCGCUCCGCCAAACCUCCUCCAACUUUCUUCUCUGUCCCCUUCCCCCCUCCACCUCCCCUCCCCUCCACCGUUCCCUUUCCUCCCCUUCUCUGUCCACUCCCGCACGCCUCCCCGUCGCUCCCCUCACCCCCCCCACCCCACCCCAGUCCUUUUUAUCUCCUCGCCCCUUCCCUCCCUCGUCUCUCCCCAUUCCCCGCGCCUAACCUCAAUUCAAGCUCUGCGGCCUGCACUCCGCCUCGCCUCACCUCACUUCACGCCUUCUCACCGCACUCAACCUUCCAUACUUGCCCUUCGCCUUAUCUCCAAUCUCAAGGAUCCCCUCUCCUCCACUGCCUCCCACUGCUCUCCAUCCCUCCCCACCCCUCCCCAUCCCUCUCCAUCCCUCUCCACCGCUCUCCACUCCCAGGUGGCUCCACGUGUGUUCACAGCAAACGAGUCGCCUCCGGACCAGAAGAUUCCCUUCCACCACGAGAUGGCGCAGGUACCGGAGUACCCCACACGCCUCUUCUUCUUCUGCCAAGUGCCGCCAGCCUCAGGAGGGGAAACCCCAAUUCUCCCUUCUUGCGAGCUCACUCGCCGCUUGGCUCUGAAGCACCCCUCGUUUGUGGCACAGCUAAGAGCCAAGGGGCUGCUGUAUGUGCGCGUGCUGGCAGAGGAGGACGACCCUUCUAGUGCUAUCGGACGGGGAUGGAAGUCGACGUUUCUUACCCAAGACAAGAAUGAGGCCGAAGAGAAGGCGGCAAAGCUAGGGGUGAAGCUGGAGUGGCAGGCGGACGGCAGCGUUCGGACUGUUUCCGGGCCUAUCCCCGCGCUUAGGGUGGACACCAGGCCUCUACCGAGCCUCUCCACCAAACCUCGUGCUGCAAAGGAUGAGGCCCGGGAUGAACAGGUUCGGACAGGAAAGGUUCGGGAGGAAGAGGUUGGGGAGGGGGAGGUUCGGGAAGAAGAGGCUCGGGUGGAAGAGAUUCGGGAGGCAUGGUUCAACAGCAUGGUAGCGGCUUACACAGGAUGGAAGGACGUGCGUAACGACCCAACCAAGGCGGUUACAUUCGGCGACGGGGAGGCGUUACCGGGGGAGGCUGUACUGGCGGUGGAGGAGGAAAUGGAACGGCUGGCAGUGGCAGUGCCGUGGCGAUGUGGCGACGUGCUAUUGGUGGAUAACCUCACAGUGCAGCAUUCUAGGAGGUCGUUUGAGCCUCCCAGGCGGAUCUUGGCUUCGCUUGCCAAGUAA